AUGGAUUCUUCAGCUAUCGAUAAUUCCCCAAAUUCUCAAUCAAAUAACGAUCCCAAUCUUUUGGUUGAAAGUGGUGGAGAACAAUCUACUAAGAAUAAUUAUUCUGAAAAUCAUGAAUCAACAGUCAGUUUCAAUAAGCUAUUUGACCCAAAUAUUUUUGGGAAUUGGAUAAGUGGGACAGGAAGUAACGAUCAUUUGAAUUCAAAUAUACCUAAACCUGUAGUAGAUAAUAAUAGUUUAAAGAAAGGUCUUGAUUCAAUAAGAUUAUCAAAACAAUCGGACUUUUCAAUAAUUUUAGAACAAGAUGAAGAAUUGGACAAAUCUUUUGAGAAUGUAUUGGAUGAGAUGAAUAUUCAUGGGUUACCACGUAAUAAAAUGUUGCAAAUGUCAGAAGAUCAUAAGAAGAUAUUGAUAUUUCAAUUUAAACAUAAUAAAGCUCUUGAAAAAUCAGAGCAAAAGGACAAUAUGGAUAAACCAAUACGGAAACAAAAAGGAAUAGAACCUAUGAAACAGGUUCUAAAAAAUCACAAUGAUAAUAGUGAUGAAGCAAGAUCACCGCGAAAGAUUAUGCGCGAUUCAUUUACAAGUACAAUUGGGAGUGAUGUGGAUUCGAAUAAAAGUCCGUCAUUAAAUAAACCUUUAAUGACAUCCUUGCUUAAUUCAGAUCGGGAUUCUUUAGAGCAAUCUUCAACUGAUGUGCAAGAAGAAAUACCUCAAUCCCCAUUAAUAAGUUCGGGGGGAUUUUUUAGUUCAUGGUUUGGAUUAUCAUCAUCUACCAAAGUUCAAAAAACUCCAAACUAUUAUGUAGAUAAAUUGUCGCAAAAGAAUGUUUCACCAAAAUCAUUAGCAGAAAGGUUACAAUCAUUGCGUUUAACGUUAACUACGGCAAAAUUAUCGUGGAUAAAGAGUUUUAUUGAUGACAAUGGAUUGGCAGCAUUGGAAUGUGUUCUUGAAAGAUAUACGGCAGGAACAAGGAGAAUUAUUCUAAGAAAUUCCGAUCAUGAUGAUAGAAUUUAUUCAGAAUGUGUCCGUUGUUUAAGAGUUCUUCUCAACACAGAGUCUGGAUUUAAUCAAGUAUUAAAUUCCACAUCAUUGAUACAUAGUAUAGUAUUUUGUCUUCAUACACAAGAUAAUAAACUGAGAUCACAAGUAGCGGACGUCUUAGCUGCUAUAUGUGUAAUAUCUCUAAAAGGUCAUGAAUUAGUAUUAUCAGCAUUUUCAGAUUUUAGACAAAUUUAUGAAGAAAAAUUUAGAUUUCAAUAUUUAAUUGAAACUUUAAGAGGAAAAAAAGAAGAUAACAGCACUUUAAUGGAACAUAAGACCGCUUAUUUAAGAUUAAUUAAUGCCAUCGUUAAUUCACCUGAGGAAGUUGAAGAAAGAAUGUUAUUGAGGGAUGAAUUUUAUAGGAGAGGGUUGUCAGAAUUAUUUGCCAUUUUUAAAACUUCUAAUCCACCUGAAUCACUAUUAACGCAAAUUCAUUUGUAUGAAGAAGAGAAUCAAGAUGAUUUAGAAGAAUUAUAUGAAAAAGUUCAUGAUAUUGUAAGAGAUGCAGAUGAUCCAUUAUCUGUAGUUAUUGAACUUGUAAAACAAGUUGAAUAUGAUUAUGGUUUGUAUUCAAGAAUUAUUGAAACUCUAAAAAAUUUCUUAAGAAUUGCUUGUAAGGAUUUAGAAGAUGAUGAUCAGAAUGAUAUUUUGAAUAUUAUGGAAUUAUUUAUUGAAAGAAUAAGUCCAAUAACAAAUAUUAAAGAAGAAUGGCCGAUCUUUAUGAAUGAAUUUCACUAUUCAAUUGGUGAUAUAGUAGGACAAUAUUCUGUUGAAACUUUAACAAAAGAAAAAGAUGACAUAUUAGAACAAAUAGAAUUGAAUAAAACUUCAAAUAUAUCUGUCUCGAAUAUAUCAAAUAAUUUAACAUCAAAUGCAAAAUCUAAUAAUGACGAACACGAACAUCUUGUUAAUAACUUGCGAGAUAAAACUUUAAUAAAAGAUAUACCUGACGAGAAAAAUAGGUCUAAAAUAAAUUUGGAUUCAAUAAAUGACGAUGAUAGUUCAGCAUUGCCAACAAUAAUGGAAUCUUUACCAACAUCAACUAUUCCGCCGCUAUCUCCACCACUUCCUCCAAUUCCACCACCACCACCAUUACCAUUUUCUUCAAGUAAUUUAUUUGGACAAUACAGUUCCACCACCACCAUUUCCUCCAAUAAUGUGAGCAACUCAAUUCCACCACCGCCACCUCCCCCUCCUCCUUCGCCCGGUAUGGGAGCACCGCCACCACCACCUCCACCGCCCGGUAUGGGAGCACCACCACCACCUCCUCCACCGCCCGGUAUGGGAGCACCACCACCACCUCCUCCUCCACCUCCUCCACCACCCGGUAUGGGAGCACCACCACCACCUCCUCCACCGCCCGGUAUAGGAGUACCACCACCACCACUACCUUCUACAACAUCAACAUCGAAACCAAUUCCUGUACCAAUAAUAACAACCCCCAAAAUAGUUAGACCAAAAGUUCCAUUAAAAGCAUUAUUUUGGAGUAAAAUACCACCACAUAAAUUAAAAUCAACAGUAUGGGAAGAAAUACCUCUUAUAGUUACGAGAGAAAUUCCGAUAAAUCACACAGAAAUCGAAUCAUUAUUUCCAAAAAAUGCUAUAAAUAACUCAUUAAAAUCACCAACGUCACCAACUAGCACGAAAAAAAAUACAGUAGUAACAUUAUUAGAUUUUAAUCGAGCUAAUAACAUUGGUAUUAUGUUAGCUAGAAUAAAAUAUACUUAUAUUGAAAUUAAAGGUGCUAUAUUGGAAAUUGAUGAUGAGAAGUUAUCUGUUGAAAAUUUAAGAAGUCUAAAAAAUUAUGUACCUAGUAGUGAAGAGAAAGAAUUAAUUAAAGACUAUGAUAGUGAUAUUAAUAAUUUGGGAAAUGCCGAAAAAUAUUUUAGGGAGGUUAUGGAAAUUCCUCGAUUGGCUGAAAGAUUGGGAUGUAUGAUUUACAGAAGAAGGUUUGAAAUGGAAGUUCAAGAGUUGACACCUACGAUAUUAACUAUUGGUAAUUUUAUGAAUCAUUCUACGUUUAGAGGAAAUGCUGCAGGAUAUAAGUUAGAUGUUCUCUUAAAGAUCCGCGAUACUAAAGCUGUAGAGAAUCCAAAAGGAAUAACAACAUUAUUGCAUUAUUUAGCAGCAACAUUAGAAGAAACACAAAACGAUCUUGUAACUUUUAUGGAUGAUUUACCACAUUUAGAAGCAGCAGCAAGAAUAUCUGUUGUAACUGUCAUAGCUUCAGUAAAUGAACUAAGUAAUGGUAUUGAUUUAAUUAAAGAAGAAAUUAACGUUAUGAAAAAUCUUCCAAUAAAACAAAAUGAUUAUUUUAUUAAAAAUAUGGAGGAAUUUGUGGAAAAAGCCGAACCUACAAUCAUAAAUAUACAAGAUUCUACUCAAAAAUUGGAAGAAGAAUUAAAAGAAUUAUUAAUUUGUUAUGGUGAAGAUCCAAUCACUACGAAACCCGAAGAAUUUUUUGGUAUGAUUGUGUCAUUUGGUUCUUCUUUAAUUAAAGCGAAUCAAGAAAAUGAAGAAACCAAGAAGAAAGCCGAGAAAGAAAAACAAUCGCGUUUGACUUUACGUCGUCCUUCUGAAGUACCACCACCAAAUUUAACUGCACUUGCAGCAAAAGGAGAUUUAGAUGAAACGAUAAGAGAAUUAAGAAAUGGACUCAAACCAAAUCGUUCACGUCCUGUAUCAAAAGUUUUUUCAGAAUUAAAUAUUAGUUCUUCAAGACCAGCUUCUAGAGUAUUUAGUAAUUCUUCACGGCCUCCUUCAAGAAUAUUCAGUAAUACUUCAAGACCCUCUUCUAGAAUAUUCAGUAAUACUUCAAGACCCCCUUCUAGAAUAUUCAGUAAUACUUCAAGACCCCCUUCUAGAAUAUUCAGUAAUUCAAGACCUUCUUCUAGAAUAUUUAGUAAUACUCGUCCCACUUCAGGAAUUUUCGUUAAAUAA